AUGUUUCAUAAAACUAUUAAUGAUUUCAUUUUACAUCAUAAACAUUACCAAGUAACCAUCGAAAAUUUAAACACUCAAAUUAAAUCAGUUUUCGAAUCAGGGCCCAAGGGUCAACCUCCGAACGUCUUAAAUUCUUUGAAACGUGAUCACGAUUUAUUUAAAUCACUUCACCAAGAAUUUAACACCGCAAGUACUACGAACCAACGAGAACGAAUUGCCAAAGAGAUAAUGAAAGGCAUAGGUAUUCAUGAUAAGAUCGAACAACUAGUUUUUUAUCCGGCCUUGAAAGAUUGUGGAAUGGAAAUCGGAAAUAAUUAUGUUAAACAAAGCUUGCUUCAUGAUAAUGUUAAAUCUUCGUUGUAUGAGCUGAAUUCCCUGCUUGAGGACGAGGGGGUCGAUUCGCUGAUGUUUAAAAAUUUCUUAAAUAAGACGAUGACGGAUUUCGUUGCACAUGCUGAAGUGGAAGAACACGAAAUUUUCAUAUUUUGCCAAAAAAUAUUUGAUGCAAAAAAAAAUCGAGGAGCUUGGUAA